AGCUAUAUUCAUGAUGACCUCUUCAUUGCCUUUUACAAUAUUGUUUCUCCUCCUCUCUCUUACCCCCAUUCUAGUCACUUGUCAACUAUUCGAUGAUGUGCCUACUGGUCAUCGAAAGGAUUACAUUGUGUUUAUGGGUGAUAAGCCCAAGGGUUAUGAUGAAUGGGCAGUAUCAUCUCUUCACGUGAACAUUAUACGAGAAGUUGUUAUCAGUGAUGAGCCACCAACAGGACACAUCCUUCGUAGCUACAACCGGACUUUCAAUGGAUUUGUGGCUAGAUUAACUGAGAAAGAAGCUGAACGAAUAGCCGAAAAGGACGGGGUCAUUUCUGUCUUUCCAAACAGAAUUAAUCAGCUUCAGACAACAAACUCGUGGGACUUCAUUGGGUUUCCCACAAAUGUACCGAGAAGCCGUCUUGAAAGUGAUAUAAUCAUAGGAGUACUCGACACAGGCAUUUGGCCAGAAUCAGCUAGUUUUGAUGACACUGGAUUUGGACCGGUGCCUUCCAAGUGGAGAGGCACGUGUCGAGUCACUCCCGAUUUUCGAGGUUGCAAUAGGAAGUUCAUAGGAGCAAAGUUUUAUUACACGGGACCAGGACAACCUGUUUUAACUGCAAGAGACUAUGAAGGACAUGGAUCACACACAGCAUCAACAGCAGCAGGAAAUUCUGUUAGCGGGGCAAAUUUGUACAGUUUAGGAAGCGGAACCGCACGAGGAGCAGUUCCAUCUGCUCGUAUUGCCGUCUACAAAGUCUGUUGGCCCGACCUUGGCUGUAGUGAUGCUGAUAUUCUUGCAGCAUUCGACGAUGCCAUCGCUGAUGGUGUUGACAUAAUAUCCGUCUCAAUUGGAUUUAAUGAUAAUAGGAAUUACUUUCAAGAUUCAAUUGCCAUUGGCUCUUUUCGCGCUGCAAGACAAAAUAUUGUGCCUUCAGUUAGUGCUGGUAACGACGGACCAUUACUACUUACUAUCAGGAACUUUGCACCUUGGCUUAUAUCUGUUGCUGCUUCCACCACAAAUCGUCGCUUCCUUACGACAGUUAUUUUGGGUAACAACCAACGUUUUGAGGGAUGGUCGAUAAAUACUUUUAACAGUAUUCAAGCUACUUUAAUAUUUGGUGGGGAUGCACCAAACACUGCGGGAGGUUUUACCCCAGCUCAAUCAAGGAGUUGUAUAGAAAAUUCGUUGAACGCGAAUUUGGUGAGGAGAAAGAUUGUUGUUUGUGAUGGAUACACUUCUGUGAGAGAAGCCCAAUUUGGUGCUGUGAGAACAGCAUUUUUUGCAGGUGCAGCUGGGGUUAUUGUGAAUGGCGUCUUUCAAAUUUAUGGAGACGAUGUCAAUAAUAUAGUUGCACCCCUACCCUCAUCCUACGUUAUCGACAACAACAACGCAAUACUUGCGUAUAUAAGAUCUACAAGCAAUCCAGUUGCAGUAAUUCAGAAAAGUUCUGAGCAACGCAACACUUUUGGCCCCUACCUAGCUGCCUUUUCAUCAAGGGGUCCAAGUCCAUUCACUAAUAGUGUUCUUAAGCCAGAUUUAGCAGCCCCAGGAGCUGAAAUUUUAGCAGCAUAUUCCCAGGCUUCCUCAGUUUCUGAUGUACCUGGAGACACGAGAGUUGCGCCAUUCAAUUUUGUGUCUGGGACAUCAAUGGCCUGUCCACAUGUUUCGGGUGCUGCCGCUUACUUGAAAUCGUUCUACCCUAAUUGGUCUCCAGCUAUGAUUAGAUCUGCUCUUAUGACUACUGCCACACCCAUGAAUUCCAAUCUUAAUAAUGAAGCCGAAUUUGCAUAUGGAGCGGGCCAAAUCAACCCCACUAGAGCUUUAAAUCCGGGGUUAGUAUAUGAUGCUGGUGCGGCUGAUUACAUUAGGUUCUUGUGCGGAAAUGGCUACUCCAACACUCAAGUGCAAGUUAUUACUGGAAUGCGCAAUGCUUGUACUAGUGGCGGAUCUAGCCGCGAGCUUAAUUAUCCUGCCUUUGUUGUUUAUGCCUCCCCAUCACAACCCUUCAGUUGUGAUUUCCGUAGAACCGUUACAAAUGUUGGCUCAGCAACAUCAACCUAUACAGCACUUGUGACUGCUCCACAAGGACUUAAUAUUCUUGUAAGCCCGAAUACUUUAAGAUUCACAUCUUUGGGGCAAACUGCAACUUUUUCCGUGAACGUACGUGGAACUAUAUCUGGGGGUCCUCGUGUUGUCUCUGCUUCUUUGGUGUGGGAUAAUGGUAAUUCUCAAGUUCGGAGCCCUAUUGUUGUCUAUGUUUCAUAAUAAAUUAGGGUAGCAGAAUAGCAAGGAGACAAAUUCAAUAAUAUUAAUAAGAGUAGAAAUCAGUAUCUACGAA